AUGCGAAAUUUACCAUCGUGUGUAUUUGUAUUAAGUCUCUUAUAUAUGAAACGUCUACGUUCUCUUCAUUCAUUAUCUUUAUUAACAAAAAUCGAUAAUUUAACAACAAAAGAAAUAUAUUUAGCAGUAACAUUACUUGCUGAUAAGUAUCUUAUUGAUGAAGGUGAAGAUGAACAAUUAUUUAACUCGGAUUUAUUUGAAUUAACUGGUAUUACAAAUGAACGUUUUAAUUUAAUUGAACGACAAGUUCUAUUAGCAUUAAAUUGGAAUUUAUUUGUAUCGAGUGAUGAGUUUAAACAAUUUUUUUCUUUAUUUAAAAGUCAAAUAGCUAAAAGAUUAAAUAAAAAUAUUGAUAUAUUAAAAACAGAUGACUCAAUAAAAUUUUAUUCACAUAUUAUUGAAUAUUUUGCAUUGACAAGUUUAUUUCUAAUCGGUAUACCUCUUUCGAUUUUAAUUGCAAUUCAUAUUGGUACUUUAACACAUUCGACAUUAAUGAAAACGUUGAAUCCUACAAUAGAUUGUUCACAAUCUUCUAUUUCCUAUCGAAAUAAUCAUGGAAAUACAAAUUUGAGUCUAAUAAAACAAAUAAAUCAUUUUAAAGUAGAGAAGUAUCCAUUGAUUCAAAAUAAAAUUAUAGAUAAUAAUCAUGAAUUUAAUUUAUCAACAAAUAGAUUAUCUAAUCUAUUAUUAAUUAUUCGUUCUUGUUGUUCAUUUCAUAGUAUUCAAUCUUCUACAUUUAGUAGUACAAUUAUCGAAUGUUUUGGAUAA